AAACUACAUUAAUAGCGCCGUACAGCGGUUGUUGACAGAUCUUUUGGAUUUAGUUUCAUCCAGGUGAUUGUUAGCUUUCCACGGUAAUCUCUGAAAAAUGUCCGGUGUAUAAUUUCUGAAAGCAUCCGCAGAGUGAAGCGCAGGGAGGCUGGGUGGCUGUUUGGGGAGCCGCUUUUGGUUGAAGUGUAUCCUGCAGCGCGGUGAGCCACCAUGCUGUGCUGGGGAAACGCCUCCUACGGACAGCUCGGCCUGGGCGGGAUCGAUGAAGAGAUCGUAGUUGAGCCGCGGAGGUGUGAGUUUUUCCACGGGAAGCGAGUGAGCGACGUUGGCUGCGGCCGCAGACACACGGCCUUCCUGCUGGACGAUGGGACCGUCUACACCUGCGGCUGCAACGACCUGGGCCAGCUGGGUCACGACAAGUCCAGGAAGAAACCAGAGCAGGUCGUGGCCUUGGACGCACAGAUUAUUGUGGCUCUGUGCUGCGGAGAGUCGCACACGCUGGCCUUCAACGACAAAGGCCAGGUUUUCUCCUGGGGGCUCGGCUCAGACGGACAGCUGGGUCUAAAUAACUUUGAAGAAUGUAUUCGAGUUCCAAGGAAUAUCAAGAGUCUAUCAGAUGUACAGGUCGCCCAAGUGGCUUGUGGGUACUGGCACUCCCUCGCUCUCUCCAGAGGCGGCCAGAUCUUCUCCUGGGGUCAGAACCGAUACGGCCAGCUGGGGUUGGGCCAGACGGGUCAGAGCAUCGCCACGCCUCAGGCCGUCCAGUCGCUGCAGGCCAUUCCCUUCGCUCAGCUGGCAGCAGGUGGCGCUCACAGCUUCGCCCUCACUCUCUCUGGAGCCGUGUUCGGCUGGGGCCGCAACAAGUUCGGCCAGCUGGGGGUCAACGACACCAACGGUGGGCGCUUUACAAAUCCGUACGCUGCCUGGGAGUGUUUGAGUCUCAUUCUCCUCUGGCCUUCAACAGAUCGCUGCUUCCCAACUCUCCUCAAGUCCCUGAGAUCCCAGAGAGUGAUCCAUGUCUGCUGUGGAGAAGAUCACACGGCCGUGCUCACAAAGGAAGGGGGUGUGUUUACGUUUGGAGCAGGAGGAUACGGACAGCUCGGCCAUAACUCCACCAACCAUGAAAUCAACCCCAGGAAGGUGUUUGAGCUCAUGGGAAAUGUAGUCACUCAGAUUUCAUGUGGAAGGCAGCACACGCUGGCUUUCACACCCGCUUGUGGGAAGAUCUACUCGUUUGGACUGGGAGGGAACGGCCAGCUGGGGACACGCGCCACCUGCAACAGGAAGAGCCCCUCCCCCGUUAAAGGACCCUGGGCCACUUCCUGUCCCUCAGAGGAGAACGAGUCGGAGCAGAGCUGCUUGGUCAAAAGGAUUUACGCCGGAGGAGAUCAGAGCUUUGCUCAUUAUUGCAGCAAUAAUGAACCUCAGGACAUGGAAAAUCUGACAGAACAAGAUCCUCAAAGAAGGAUUUGCACCCUGAAUGAGGCGACCGUACAGAAAUGGCUGAACAACUCACCAGGAAGACUCCCAGUCGACGUGUCCAAUGAGAUCGACCUGGUGUUCUCCUCUGCCAGCUGCCUGAACGGCUCGUUUCUGUCCACCAGUCACCCGGGUCACUUCAGUACCAGCAGUAAAUAUUCUGGGGUGGAUAUGAACAUGGCCCGGCUGCUUCUCCACAGACUGAUCCAGCAGGACCACCCCAAGAUUUCUCAGCAGGUUGCUGCCAGCCUGGAGAAGGAGCUGAUUCCCAAACUGAGCAGCUCUCCUCCGGACAUCGAGGCGUUGAGGCUCUACCUGUCGCUGCCUGAAAGCCCUUUGUUCAGCGACCGCAGCAACUACAUCACCAUCACCAUCCCCUUUGCCAAAUGCGUCGUCGGCCUCAAGGAGGCGCCGCUGAAGGUUUUAGGGAACUGGUGGUCCACAUUCGAGCCGCUGUUCUUUCAGCGGCUGGUCGACAUCUACAAGGACGUCGUUGUGUUUCUGCUCCAGAUGCACAAAAUGGGCAUUCCUCCGGCCGAGCAGCGGAUCUUCACCUGCUUCGUGGACACUUCGCUCCGCUUCCUGGAGAUUCUGCACAAGGUGAACGAGAAAUCAGGAAGCAUCAUCCAGUACGACAAGUUCUACAUCCACGAGCUGGACGACCUGAUCGACAUCAGGAACGACUACGUCACCUGGAUUCAGAGGCAGAUGUACCCCAUGGGCCGCGACGGUGUGGUGACUCUCUGCAGGUAUCCCUUCGUCUUCGAUGCUCAGGCGAAGACGGCGCUGCUUCAGACAGACGCCGUCAUACAGAUGCAGAUGGCGGUGGAUCAGGCGCAGCUGCAGAACUUCAGCUCCAUGUUCCUGCCCGCUGUGGAGUCGGUCAACCCCUGCCUCAUCCUCAUCGUUCGCAGGGAGAACAUCGUGGGCGACACCAUGGAGGUCCUCAGGAAGUCCAAGAACGUCGACUACAAGAAACCACUGAAGGUGAUCUUUGUGGGAGAAGAUGCAGUUGAUGCUGGAGGAGUCAGGAAAGAGUUCUUCCUCCUGAUCAUGAAGGAGCUGCUGGAUCCCAAAUAUGGGAUGUUUCGCUACUACGAGGAAUCCAGACUCAUCUGGUUUGCACACAAGACGUUCGAGGACUUUGACCUGUUUAACCUCAUCGGGGUCAUCUGUGGUCUGGCCAUCUACAACUUCACCAUCGUAGAGCUCAACUUCCCUCUGGCGCUCUACAAAAAGCUCCUGAAGAGGAAACCAACGUUGGAAGACCUGAAGGAGCUCAUGCCAGACGUGGGAAGGAGCCUGCAGGAACUACUGGACUACACUGAAGAUGACAUUGAAGACACUUUCUGUUUGAAUUUCACUAUCACAGAGGAUAACUACGGAGCCACUGAGGUGCUGGAGUUGGUGCCAAACGGUGAAAACAUUAAUGUCAAUAAGUCAAACCGGCAGGAGUUUGUGGACGCCUACGUGGAUUACGUCUUUAACAAGUCGGUGGCUCCGCUGUUUGAGGGAUUCUACUCAGGUUUCCACAAAGUGUGCGGUGGGAGGGUUUUAGAUCUGUUCCAGCCGAGCGAACUGCAAGCUAUGAUCAUUGGUAACACCAACUAUGACUGGACAGAGCUGGAGAAGAGCACUGAGUAUAAAGGAGAAUACUGGGCCGAACAUCCAACCAUAAAGCUCUUCUGGGAGGUCUUCCACGAGCUUCCGUUGGAGAAGAAGAAACUGUUUCUAUUGUUCCUCACAGGAAGCGACCGCAUCCCCAUCCUGGGCAUGAAAAGCCUGAAGCUGGUGAUCCAGCCGACCGGCGGAGGGGAGCAUUACCUGCCUGUAGCCCACACCUGCUUCAACCUGUUGGACCUUCCCAAGUACUCGAGUAUAGAAACGCUGAGAGAGAAGCUUUUACAAGCGAUAGAUCACAAUCAAGGCUUCAACCUGGCCUGAUGCAGGAAGAGGACUGGAGCUCCGACUGUUGAUGGCGAACACAUUCCCACAUCGCUCACUGGCUGGAGAGAGGAGUCCCAUUUUACAAACUUAGUUCUUGCCAUCACAGUAUUUCCAUAUUAGGAUUAAUAUCAGCUGUGAUAUAUGACUAUGUAGAUAUGCUUUUAUUCAUGUUUGGAAGACGCAAGUGUGAUGAGGCAGACUACUGCUGUGUACCAUGAAAAGCUCUGAAACACAACUCCUGUAAGAAACAGUGAAACAGCAGCAAAAAGCUUAAAACAUACAAUCCGGUGGUUCUAACGGGCAUCAAAACAGGAAGUGAUCUCACCCAUAAAUCCAAAGAUGUGCUCUAAUCCGAGACGUGACAUCGUGUUCGGAGUCGGUCGCUGUAUUUCACAGUAGUUGUGUUCAGCAAAUGUUUGAAUCUGCACAAACUGAGAAGCGUUUGAUUGUGGACUUUGUUUUAUUGGCUGUAUGCCUUAAACAAUCCACAGAUUAAAAAUAAAGUACAGCCACUAAUAAAAAUCCCUCUUGGAGGAGGUGUGAGUGGUUAAAGUUGGUGGUUAACAGGAGUUCUGUCAUUAUUUUUUCUUUAA